UGAAACUUGCGCCGUCACCGUGAACGUGAGCAUGGCGAAAUUUCUAUCCAGAGUUCACGCCCUUGGAUUGCAAGCUUCAUUCAACUGGCGGUUCAGCUCGACUAUGACAGCUCAGAAAUUAAACGCGGACUUGUCACGGGAGUUGGUUGAAAGUGUCGACAACUUCUUGUUUGAUUGCGACGGUGUGCUGUGGGAUGGAAUAGGCGCCAUUCCUGGAAGUCUGGAGACAAUCAAGUAUCUUAAAAAAUUGGGCAAGAGGGUUUUCUAUGCUACCAAUAACAGUUCAAGUACCCGAGAGCAGUAUGCACAAAAGUGUCUGAAGUUUGGUUACGAUGCUACAGAGGAAGAAAUUGUGUGCACAGCCUUCAUUGGAGCUUUAUAUUUGAAAAACAUAAACUUUACUGGGAAGGUGUACCUCGUGGGAAAUCCUGCCAUGGGCGUUGAGCUGGAUAAAUACGGUAUUCGGCACACAGGCAUUGGGCCUGACCAGGAAAAAAUUGAUGGCUCCUAUCCAGAAUGGUUGACAAUGAAGUUGGAUCCUGAGGUCAAUUGUGUAAUGGUUGGGUUUGACAAGUACUUGAGCUUUCCCAAAAUCCUGAAAGCGAGCAGUUAUCUGAAGAAAAAAGAUACUAUCUUCUUGGCAACCAACGAGGAUAGUAAUCUACCUGCGGCGGGGGACAUUGUUAUUCCUGGAACUGGCACAAUGGUCCAUGCAGUGAAGUGUGCCAGCCGAAGAGAUCCAAUUGUUUUGGGAAAGCCAGAGAGGCCGAUGUUUGACGUUCUACAAAAGGCACACAACCUUGAUCCUGCUAGAUGCUGUAUGGUUGGUGACAGACUCAACACUGACAUAGGACUGGCCAAGCAGUGUGGGCUGAAGUCGCUUCUUGUACUGAGUGGUGUGUCGACAGAAGCUGAUGUUCAGCCAGAAUCCAGCAUCUUUGCCAAGGAACAGUUUCCUGAUUAUUACACGUCAACUCUCGGGGACCUGGAGAAAUUGCUCCAGAACUCACAACAACAACAGAGUUGAUGAUGAAUAAAGCUAAGAAUAUUUUCUAGGGAAAUAUGUCAUAUUGAUAUCAAAGUUAUUUUAAAUUUAGUGACUUUGACAGGGCAGUUUUUUCAUGUUUAUUAUAUAUUAUGCAUUUCUGUUGCAUGUUUUAUUUCUUAAUUCUUUUCUAUCUCCACAACAUGUAUUGUUAAGUUUUUAACAUUUGAAACAGUGUUAACAGUGUUUGUAAUGUUAGGCAGGGGUGCAAAUUAACCAAGACUGUCUACUAGACCAAAAAGUGGUAACAUAUAGCAAUAAACUCCAAAAAGUUUGAAAUUCUACUAGCCCUCAGGAUACCUUUAACAUAAACAAAACUGGUCUGGGCUAGCAGGCUAGUGGUAAUUGCCAUCCCUGUGUUAGGUGCAGUACCGUAUUCGACGUAAUAAGCGCUCAAAAUUAGAAAUAGGGGGCUCUUAUUAGAAUAUUAUUUUGGUGGAAUAAAACAGAAUUGAAAGAUAAAUGUCGUGGUUUAUGCUGACAGCCUGAA